CGUGCCCGGGCUGAAGUGAGCGCACAAAAUGUUGCGGGACAUUUCUCGCGGCAGCGGCAACAUAUGUGGCGCAGGGAAAAUUCUUGGGCAUUGAACUAAGCUCAUUAUAUCCUGAGAAUUUACAGGGUGGCUUUCUGCACAAGGAGAAUUCGCAAUGGGCGCCGCCGUACAUGGUCGGCGCUUGCCCAAACGCGGGCUCACGCACAGUCUCUUUCCCUCUCGCGCGCCUAGUGCCCAACGUGCUCUUGUCCUGGUCAGGCAGCUGUAACCUGCAAACAUGGGCCACAACGACGUCUGGAACAGCCACCCCAAGGGCUACGGCCAGGGCUCGCGCCACUGCCGUGUGUGCAACAACAACCACGCGCUCAUCCGCAAGUAUGGCCUGAACAUCUGCCGUCAGUGCUUCCGCGAGAAGGCCGCUGACAUCGGCUUCGUCAAGUACAAGUAAAAUGCCCGAAUGUUGGGUAUCUAGCUCACACGGCAGUUUGUAAGGUGCUGAGGCGUUGA